AUGUCUGAAGUACACCUCGACGACUUUUCCUCGCUCUUCUCCCUCAAUGGCAAAGUUGCCGUCGUCACCGGCGGUUCAAGGGGUCUAGGUCUCCAUGCCGCGUCGGGUCUCCUUCAAGCCGGCUGCUCCAAGGUCUACAUCACAUCCCGAAAAGCCAGCGCCUGCGAAGAAGCCGUCGCCGCGCUCAACGCGCUCCCGAACAAGCGCCCCGGCGCACAAGCCAUCUCCGUCCCCGCCGAUAGUUCGCGCAUGGACGAAUUGGACAGACUCGUCGCUGAGGUGAACAAGACGACGGACCAUGUGGAUAUUUUAUUUGCGAAUGCGGGCGCGACAUGGGGCGAGAAAUUCGAGACGCACCCCGAGCACGCGUUCUCGAAGGUUAUGGACUUGAACGUUAAGAGUGUGUUUUAUUCGGUGCAGAAAUUCGCCCCCCUCCUUUCCAAAUCCGCAACCCGCGAGUCCCCCUCACGAGUAAUCAUCACUGGCUCCGUCGCAGGCAUCGGCGUCGGCUCUCUCGGCGAAAACGCCACCUUCAGUUACUCCGCCUCCAAAGCCGCCGUGCUCCAUCUAACCAGGAAUCUCGCUCUCGAGCUCGGUCCUCGGCAUAUCCUGUGUAACGCGCUUGCGCCAGGUUUCUUCCCGUCGAAGAUGGCGUCUGGGUUGAUUGAGAAGCAGGGUGGGAUGAAGGUGUUGGAGGAGGAGAGUCCGAAUAAGAGGUUGGGCAGGCCGGAGGAUAUUGCGGGGGCGGUUGUUUAUUUGGGGAGUCGGGCGGGUAGUCAUUUGAACGGGGCGACGCUUGUGCUUGAUGGAGGUAGUGUGUUGAAAAGUAAGCUGUGA